CCUGUCCUACAGGUGGCGCAUUACUAAUUUGUAGAAGCUCAACAGAACAGGAAGUGUUGGCAUUUAAUAAACAGUAGGACAAAGUGGUGCCGAGUCUCCGUGUACAACAUUAUUUGACUUAACUACUUUACAAGUUUAAAGUGUAAUUGUGUAAUAUUAAUGAAGCGUCAAAUAAAACAUGUCUGAGAGAAAAAGAUCCAGAGAUCACGACGACAGAACCGACCUCAGACGGCAAAAGGAAGAUACAAAGCAUCUGGACAGAUCUGUAAAGAAACAAGCCAAAAAACUGAACCAGCAAGUACAGAAAAUCAAACAUAUCGAGACCUUUUAUGAGAAGCCCCCUCCUGGUCUGAUAAAGGAGGAUGAUGACAAACCUGAGGACUGUAUACCCGACUCUCCAGGCAACCAAGAUGCACGGGAAUUUCUGGCCCAUGCGCCCACUAAAGGGCUCUGGAUGCCUCUUGGCAAAGAAGUAAAGGUCAUGCAGUGCUGGAGGUGUAAGCGCUAUGGCCAUAGGACAGGGGACCGGGAAUGUCCAUUUUUUAUCAAAGGAAAUCAAAAAUUGGAACAGUUCCGAGUUGCGCACGAAGACCCAAUGUAUGACCUGAUUAGAGAAAACAGACGCUUUGAAAAGGAAACCAGGAUACAGCAAUUACAGCAGCUGCUGGAUGACACCACCUCAGACUCGAAGUGCAGUAGCUCCAGCUCUUCAGACUCGGGCAAACACAAAAAGAAAAAAAAGAAAAAGGAGAAAAAGAAAAAAGAGAAGAAAAAGAGAAAGAAGAAACAAAAGCACAAGUCCUCCAAAUCGAGCAACAGCUCAGAUUCAGACUAAGAGCUAAAACAGUUCAGCAAGCAAAAUACAAGGAAAAGGUGCUGGGCUCUGAGCUGAGAAGAUUCCUCAGAUAAUGUUAUGAGUAUAAUGAAAGCCCAAGGCAUCUUUCUGACUGUCUUCUGUUCGCAACAGGAGCAAUGGCAGACAGUGCAGGCCCUUUUAUCUUUACUCACUGGUGGAAUGGUGACAAUGCAUGUGCUUUUCAGCUUUGUGUUUGUUACAGCCAGUACCCAUUCUGCAUCUGGAUCUAGACAGGAUAGUAUGCAUUGUAUUGGUUGAUUAGAAUUCUGUAUAUUAUCCAUUAAGUAUAUCUUUACUGGCCAUCAAAAGUAAUGACCAUGUCUGUUAUAUGUUUUUCAUUGUUUACAUAAGAGAGAAUGCUGUUAAGCUCCUCAUUUAUUUUUUAAGAAACAUUUGACAUUGAGAAUUUUGGUUUUCAUUAUUGGGCACCCCUUCAGAUUUCACAAACAAAUGUUUUUUUUUAAAAAAUUGAAUUAGUCAGAGAUCUAGGGGAAAGAUGAAUAUAAUAACCGUUUUGGCUGUUUACAGAUCAAAUGGGAAUAUGUGUUAGAACCGUUAUCAUCUUGAGCUAAAAUGUCAUGUCAGUGCUCAGGCAAAAUACAAUCCUCUUACUUAA